AUGUUCUUUCCUUCUAAUCUAUCUAUCUAUCUAUCUAUCUAUCUAUCUAUCUAUCUAUCUAUUGCGGACUUUGUUCAUAUCUAUCUAUUUUCUUUCCCUUUGAUCAAGCAUGUUUUGUCAAUUUUCUUUUCCUCUUUUUCUUUUCAUUCCUUUUUUCCCCUCUCUCUCUCUCUCUCUCUCUCUCUCUCUCUCUCUCUCUCCUUCAUUUUAGGCAAACAUGUUUUGUCAAUUUCAUUUUCCUCUCUUUCUUUUCAUUCUUUUCUCUCUCUCUUUCUCUUCUUUUUAGAGAAGCAUAUGUUAUCAAUUUUCUCUUCCUCUUUUUCUUUUCAUUCUCUUCUCUCUCUCUCUCUUUCUCUCUCUCUCUUUCUAUAUAUAUCUCUCUCUCUCUCCUUUUGGACAAGCAUGUUUUGUCAGUUUUAUUUUCCUCUUUUUUAUUUCCAUUCUUUACCUCCGUUUCUCUGUCUGUCUCUCUCUCUCUCUCUCUCUCUCUCUCUCUCUCUUUGUGCCAUUGGUGUAAUGUUGCUUUCUUUUUCGUGGCCUAUUCCCUCUCCGUGUUCACUCUCUUUCUUUCCCCUUUCUCUCUCUUCCCUCCUCUCUCUCUCUCAUUUUAUUACUUUUUCUAUUACUACUCUUAAUCUGCAUAGCGUGACACCUCCAUCCCUCCAUCUCCCUCUUUCUCUCUCUCUCUAA